AUGCCGACAUGUAAUCGUUACAGGCCUACUGCUAGGGAUCGGUCAAGAGUGGGUGUGAGGAGGGGAGUGGUGAGGAGUGAUGGUGUGGAGAGGGAGGGAGUGGGGAGUGGGGAGAGUACGACAGAGGAGGUUGAUGCAGCUCCCAACGAGUCCUCCACCACGACAGACACUUUCCCCGAGCCGGUGGACUUCAUAGAUUGUGGAUCAGCCAUUCCCCGCGCCUACUCUGCUUCGGCCAUACCUGUCAAUGGCCACCAUGGAAUCAUCUCUCCCUCCAGCUUGCAGGGCUAUGAGAACUGGAGUGUUCUGGUCCAGAUUGGGGAGCAGCACUCCCAUGCUCCGGGGUAUCAUCCUCCGGGCGUGUGGAGUAAGAGGAAGAGGCGGGGUGGGGGCACGUGGUAUACUCCAGAGGAAGGGGAAGAUGAUGAUGAGGGGAGGGUCAAAGGAGAGGCAGAGACUACCUCACCCGGCCCCGAGGACCAACAAGAUCAAGAACCAGCACACCAGAGUGUAUACUGUAUGACGUUGCUGCACAGACCGGUGCCAAUCUCCCGGAAACGGCGCUACUCUGGCCGUCUCUCUCGUCCGAGCCACUCUGUGAGUGAGGGGGACAUGGCCAUGGCGGACGAGAUGGGAGAGGGAGAGGGGGAGGAGGGAGGGGACGAUGGCUUCGUGGACUGCCCGGGUGGAGACACCGUGAAGAGACGCAGCAAGAAGAGAGGAGGUGGUCUACAUAUGGUGUUUCCAAGUAUGGGUCAAGGAAAUGCUGCCAUUAUGAGCCUGGCUGGGGAGAUGUUUGUUACAUGCUGUGAUAGGAGAAGAGCGUCGUCUCGAAAGUCUCGGGUUAAGCCUCGCUCCAGGAAAUCCAUGAAACAACCAAAACCUGCCUCUGCUGACAUCAGCACUCAGGAGACUACUACACCAGGUCCAAAUUCGAGUGACACGACAGACACAGACUCCCACGAGGAGGCUCAUGUGGGGGGUCUGGGUGCCCCCCGGGUGGCGGGGGCAGCAGCGAGUCAUGUGACCACAACGGAGUGGCAGAGGACGGCCACCGAUCGCACUCGGGUACCCCAAACCUUCCGCCUGUCUCCACAGACUCCAGCAGUCACUCCAGUGGGUCUGAAGCCAGCGGUGGUCUAG